AUGCCUUACAUGAACGAUCAAACCCAGGACAACCGCAGUACUCCCACCGAGGCCGGCUCCCGCCCUAGCAACUACGGCAGCUCUUACAACCCCUCUCAGCCAAAUUCCAUCCCUCCCAGGUCGGUGAGGAGAAUCUCCCGGAAGGGUAUCUAG